AUGGAGAACGCUGCCUUUCAACCGAGUGGCGAGGACAUAGAGCGAGCGCUCAUGGACCUUGGGCCGCUGCUCGGUGUCACUAUCAAAGAAGAAGCACCUGAUGAGCUGCCUGAUGGUGCAGUCGGACCCGCUGUUGCUCCGGCUCCCAAUCAAAAUGGGUGGCAGGUGGGGAGCGCGGCGGCGGAGGGCGAGGGCGGGGCGGGCGGCGCGGACUCGCUGGCCUCGCCCCGCGCCUCGGCCGCCGCGCGCUGCGUGCUCUGCCGCGUGCCGCUCGCCCACGCGGACGGCACUCCCAAGCUGAUGGAGUGCCUGCACUCGGCCUGCGAGCCCUGCGUCAAGGCGAAGCUCGACGAGAAGCUGUCGGCGAGCCGGGACUUCCUCGGGGCGGCGCGUGUGACGAUCACUUGCCCCACGUGCCGGUUGCAGUGCCAGCCCGCGAACAUGAUCGACCAGCGCUUCGUGCUUGAGAAGAUCGCGGCCGAGCAGGCGGGCAACAACGGGGUGGUGGGCGAGCAGCAGUGCAACAGCUGCGACGACACCGAGCCGGCGACCAGCUACUGCGUGGACUGCGCAGAGUUCAUUUGCGACAACUGCGUCAGCGCCCAUCAGAGGCUGAAGAUCACGAAGGAGCACACGAUCAAGUCGAAGGAGGAGGCGGUGGCGGAGUUGCAGGCGGCGCAGGGCGGGGCGCGCUCCGCCCACGACAUGUUCUGCCGGGACCACCCGCAGGAGCGGCUGAGCCUCUUCUGCGAGACGUGCGACCGGCUCACGUGCCGCGACUGCCAGCUGCAGCACCACCGCGACCACAAGUACCAGUUCAGCACCGAGAUGGCCGCACAGGCGCGCGCCAACAUCUCCGCGCUGCUGUCGGAGGUGAGCUACAAGCGGGUGCUGCUGGGCUCCGCCAUGAAGGUGAUCCGCGACCGGCAACACCUCAUCGCCGAGAAGAAGAAGGCGCUCGUGCACGAGAUCACGCAGACGGUGGUCAAGCUGACGAACGCGAUCAACACGCGCGGCAAGCAGCUGGUGCUGCGGCUGAACGAGGUGUGCGACGCGAAGCAGCGCACGCUCAGCGAGAAGAAGGUGGCGCUCGAGCAGCUCGCCGCCAUCACCGACCACUGCGUGAGCUUCGUGAACGGCGCGCUGCAGCAGGGCAGCGACACGGCCGUGCUGUACAGCAAGCGCGCGGUGUGCGCGCACCUGCAGCGCAUCAAGAGCCGCCGCGCCGACAUCCCCAACCCCGAGAUCCCCGUGCGCAUCAGCCUCGCGCUCGACAAGCUGCCCGACCUCGUCCGGGUGCUGUCGACGAUCGGCGCCAUCGUGGUGGACGGCAAAGUGGACGGCGGGGCGCAGGGCCCGUACCAUCCGCCGUCCGGCACGCCGCCCGCCGCCUCGCAGCCGCAGCCGCAGCCGCCGCCGCAGCACGCGCCGCUCCAGCUGGCGCACCCGCCGCAGCACGCCACGCCGCCGCAGUCGGCCGUGGUGGCGCUGCAGCAGGUCGCCAUGCACCAGUCGUACGUGCAAUCGGUGGGCGGCGUGGGCGGCGUGGGCGGCGUGGGCAGCGUGGGCGCGGCGGGCGCGCUGGUGCCGCUGGGGCGGGGCCGCUCGCACACGCCGCUGCGCCACCCGCACGUCACCUCCACCACGCACCCGCACCACCUGCACGGUAACCCGUCCGCUCGGACGCCGCUCCCGUCGCGACGGCCCCUGCGACUGACCCUCGGUUCUCGUGGCGCAGGCAUGAGCGAGAUGAACCUGCGCGGGCUGCUGAACGCGGGCGGGCAGCGCCGGAGCCACGCGCUGCCGCAGGCGCAGGCCCAGGCCCAGGCCCAGGCCCAGGCGCAGGCGCAGGCGCACGCCAUACACGCCUACCAGCAUAUGCUGGGCGCGUACGGGUACGGCGGCGGCGGCGUGGGCGGCAUGGGCGGCGGAGGGGCGGCGGGUGGCGGGGUGGGCGGCGGCGGCAGCGGGCGGCGCAGCGGCGGCCCGCGCACGCCCUCGCCCGCGCCGCACCUCACGCCGCAGCCCGCCAAGUGGCACAUCCCGCAGCACCAGCUGGCCAACGGCGGCGCGGCCGAGGGCGCAGGCGGCGGUGGGCCGGGGGCGGGGGCGGGUGCGGGCGGGGCGGCGGGGGCGGGGGCGGGCGGCGCCGAGUUCAAGAUCACGCUGAGCCGGCAGCCCGGCACGCCGCGCGCGCCCCCGAUCGUCACCUCCACCAACCCCAAGACGCCCAGCCCCAGCCUCAACGGUGGAGCGUCUGAGCUGGACAAGGUGUGCGCGGAGUCGGUGCAGGACCUGAUGGCCACCAUCGCCAAGCUGGACUCGAACGGCGUGCAGGUGGUGGCGGAGGGCGCCUCGCCCUCGCCCUCGCCCGCCCAGCACGUGCACUCCUCCACCGACGCAGAGAUGCACGCCCACUCGGGCAAACAGCUGGUCGGCUCGGGCACCGGCAGCGGCGACCCCAACGAGGACUGGUGCGCCGUGUGCAUGGACGGCGGCGAGCUCAUGUGCUGCGACAAGUGUCCCAAAGUCUUCCACCAGUACUGCCACAUACCCACCAUCGAGAAGCUGCCCGACGAGACGGAGACGUGGCAGUGCCUGCUGUGCGUGAACUUCGCCGAGCUGGGCGGCGAGGGCGAGGCGGAGGCGUGCGCGGCGGGGGCGGGCGCGCUCAGCCCGCGCCAGCGCCGCAUCGUCGAGCGCAUCACGCUCGAGCUCUACUGCCAGUACGAGCUCAGCCUGCCCUUCCGCGAGCCCGUCGCGCCGACCAACGACCACUACCACUCCAAGAUAACGCGGCCGAUGUGCCUGGACAUGGUGCGGCUGAAGCUGCAGCCGCGCAGUGAGCCGCGCUACACGCACGUCGCGCAGUUCGUCGCCGACUGCCGUCUGCUCUUCCGCAACGCCUACCAUUACAACCCGCCCGACUCGCAACUGUAUAAAGAUGCGAAGAAGCUGGAGGAGUUCUUCGACGCGCAACUGCUGAAGUGGCUGCCCGAGUACGCGUACUGGAGCGGCGAAGGCGAGCCGCCCGCCAAACGCGCGCGCCUUGAC